UCUCUCUCUCUCUCUCUCUCUCUCUCUCUCUCUCUCUCUCUCUCUCUCUCUCUCUCUCUCUCGCUCUCUUGGGGGAGUGAUAAAGUCGAAACUCCAUGACAAUUGUGUUAUUAGGUCGCAAGUCUCUCGUAAAACACCUGACCUCUCACAACAGACAAUCAGCCUUUUAUAAGAUGCAGGUGUGGGUUGUGAUCUGCUGGGCUCUGCUGGCUCUGGUUGGUGCUGAAGAGUGUCCAGAUGGAGCCAGAUGUAAAGAUGGUCAAACCUGCUGCAACGACCCAGUCAACGGCUAUGAAUGCUGCCCGUUUGAUCAGGCUGAGUGCUGUGGAGAUCACAUGCAUUGCUGUCCAUGGGGGACACUCUGUCAUGCAGACACUUCCAGCUGUUUGAACUCUACUGGCUCCAUCCCUUGGGUGGAAAGAGCUUCUGCUGAUCAGCCCGGAAGCUCCAAAUCCUUCAGGAUGAUCAAGGCGUACAUGGGGGAAGAGGAAGACAACAUCUGUCCUGAUCAGUCCCGCUGCCCAGCUGAGUUUUCCUGCCAAAAGGCCCUGACAAAGUUUGGCUGCUGCCCCCUAGCUCAGGGAAUCCCCUGCUCUGAUGGGAAACACUGCUGUCCUGAGGGCCACCAGUGCAGCGCUGACUGUCGUUCCUGCAUCAAGAAAGACGUUGUGACUACAGUGUUGUGCAAUGACGGCGUGUCAGAGUGUCCAGAUGAAACCACCUGCUGUGUAACCCCAGAAGGAAAGUGGGCGUGCUGCCCGUUGCCAAAGGCCGUGUGCUGCGAGGAUAAGACGCACUGCUGUCCUGAAGGCACCACAUGUGAUGUCGAGCACAGCAAAUGUAUUUCAUCUACCAAAAAAGAGAUGCCUAUGUGGGCAAAACUCCCUGCCAGAAUCAGAGCAGACUGGGAGAACCUGAAAGCAGGAGAACAAGUUACUGCAAAGUCAGUUGUUACAGGUGGAUCAAAAGAAGACCCUGAACUCACCACCGUAUAUACAGUUUCUCCUACAGAGACGGAAGUAUCGCCUGUCACUCAGACAGCUGCAGGCAAUGAUGUUAUCUGUGAUACUACAUCAUCAUGUCCAGAUAACACCACAUGCUGUAAAAACCAAGAGGGCCAAUGGUCUUGCUGUCCUCUACCAGAGGCUGUUUGUUGUGAUGAUUUCAUUCACUGCUGCCCAAAAGGUAAGAAAUGUAACCUGGCUGCUCAGACCUGUGACGACGACACAUGCUCCACACGCUGGUUCGAGAAGAUACCCUCAAUCCCCAGAAAGGGCGCACAGGUGGAGACUGUUCAAUGUGACUCCGUCUACAGCUGUCCUGAUGAGACCACCUGCUGCAAGACCCAAACAGGAGACUGGGCAUGCUGCGAUCUACCUAAAGCGGUCUGUUGUGAUGACCACGAGCACUGCUGCCCUACUGACACCACCUGUAACCUGGAGACUCUGACAUGUGAUGGCAAGCUGGGCUCUACGCCCAUGAAGCAGAAAUUACCUGCGUUUGCAACAGAGGCACCCACUACAGUGUCCACUACGGCUAUAACUGAAAGUGAGGCAACUAUCACAGAGGAGGAGCCUGACGAAGAGAUAGUGACUACCGCACAGCAGGAGAAACAUGACGAGGAAAAGGACAUUCAGUGUGACGCCCAUACCAGCUGCCCCCCGUCCACCACAUGCUGCUUCAUGGCCGUGUAUCGAAAGUGGGGCUGCUGCCCUCUGCCAGAGGCUGUGUGCUGUUCUGAUGGGAACCACUGCUGUCCCAAAAACUACAAGUGUAACGAGGACAAGACCACAUGCUUCAAAGGGGAAGUGGAGAUCCCUUGGUACACCAAGCUUCCAGCCAUCAACAGCAUCAUGGCACAUCCCAGCUCUGUGGAGUGCGAGGGGCAGGCUCAAUGUCCUGAACACACCACCUGCUGCCAACUGGAGACGGGCGAGUGGGGCUGCUGCCCGCUACAAAAUGCUGUGUGCUGCCCAGAUAAGGAGCACUGCUGCCCGCAGGGUUACACCUGCAACAUUGGCUCUAAGUCCUGUCAAAAGGUCAUCAUGCUUCAGCUGGAGACAGUCCCUCUAACACCAGUGUAUCAGCUCGAGCAUCAACCCCUGCUUCUUCCCUCUAAGAAAACAGACAUCCAGUGUGAUGAAGUUACCAGCUGUCCAGAUGGAGAGACCUGCUGCAGGACGUCUGCAACUGAAUGGGGCUGCUGUCCAUCUCCUAAUGCGGUGUGCUGCAGUGACAUGAAGCACUGCUGUCCCAGCGGCUACACCUGCACUGACACUGGAGACUGCACCCAGAACACCAGGGUCCACUGGCAGUACUGGCACGUGUUCCUCGCCAACAAAAAGAGAGCUCUAAUUAAGUGAAAACAUUCGUCCUGCACUGCCAUUUGUUUCUGCUUGCCAUUCGCUUAAGGAAAAUAAUGUAAAGGGAUUUCAUGAUAAUUGUUUUGUUCUUUGAAUAAAGUAGUUAAAGGGUGAAGGUGACACUUUGAAAUUCAAUUGGACUUGGGGUUAUGAUGUUCUGCAACAACUACUACAUGCAAGAAAAUCAGGGCAUUAGCUUUUUAAUAACUCAUUUGAAGCUCAAAUGGGUCCUUGUUAUUCCAAGCUACUUGAAACUCCACCUUGUCCAUUUAAACACUCAGGUUAUACGAUUUUAUUCUCUGUAAGUCACCUGUCUCUGAAUGUUUUUAUUUUGUUGAUCUUUCCUUCAAAACUAUUGAAAAGUUACAUGCACUGUUCUGCUCAAUCUGCAUACAAUCAUAAAACUAAUAAACAAAAUGUGAUGUUACAACAUUGAAAAGGUAUCAAACCAUUCCUGUAGGUGUGUGAAAUAUGUUUUUCUGUCAAAGAAAACAUGGUGAAAGAAAAAAGACAAAUGAUUAAAUGCCAGUUAUUUCAUUA